ACUUUAAAUGGCCUCAACUUUUUCUCUUCUUUGGUUUUCUAGAAAUCUUCUGUAACUUUUCAGAUCUAAUAAGGUUAGAGAGAAGUAAUCCAUUUCCAGUAUUUUCAAAUGGAAAUGGAAGUCAUGGAGACUUUAGAGAGAGACUAGUGAGAACCACUGAGCCAAUUAAGUUCAAAUAAGCACUUGGGUUCCAGCACAGAUUAUCAGAUAUCAAUUGAGAUAAAAGGAAGCUCUAGCAAAGAAGUUUUCAUGGAGGAAAGCUUCAAGAAAAGAAAUCAAAGCAAAGCAGAUAGGCAGAGACAGAGAGAGAUCAUGUUACCUCGAGGCGAAAAUCUCUUCCGAUCAUCCUCAUUCCUCGUCGUCUUCGCCAUGGCUAUGACCUUGAUGUUCUUCACAGCGGAGUCUCGGUACUUGAGGCCGUCCGAUCACGGCCUCGUACACCAAAACAAUUCGACGGCUAUGAAGUCGCCGGAGAUGAAGUCGUUCUUUGACGGAGCUUCAACGGAGCUACCGGAGGCGAAGAACACAACCAAACCAUGGUGGAGGAAUAAUGGAGCUCCGGCGACUUUUCUGGGAAGAGAUAAUGGUCGGAAAGAUCGAAUGAGGGAGGUGUUAUUGAUUUCUAGCUUGGCGUGUGGGAUUGCUGGUGUAGCUUUGAUGGUUGCAGCGGCUUUCAUUUAUUUCUUUCAUCGUCGGAGAUCAUCGUCACAAUCAGCUUCUUCUUGCAAACAAAUUGUGGUUCGUACAGAUUAGUUAGAUGAUUUCACGUUUAAGAUUCUGAAUUGUUGCACUGGUGAAUAAAUUUAGAGUGAUUUUGGGUUGGUUCUGUACAAAAUAGUGAUUAUUGAAAGGUUUCCAGUUUGAGUCUC